UGUUAUUUUAUUUAGUUUCACGUGUCCCAUUUUGCUGUAUAAAGUAUUUAGUCAGGAGACAUCUUUUUUUUCCAGUCAGUCUCACUGUAUGCUCCGCACUGCAUUGUCCCUGUCGCCCUCUUCUGCUAUGGAGUUCCCUGACACUCCACGUGUGUGGGGCGCUGACGUCACUUCCGGUGUGUGAUCCCCUGGCCAGAGCCCGGCCCUGCACUGUGUCCUGGGGAAUCAUCAUCAUCAUCCACUUCAUGGUUCCGUGGCCGAGGACUCCCGGAUAAUCAAUUCCAGAUACAUUCGACCAUUUAUACGGGAGGACAACCAAAAGGACCUAACAACAAUGCAUCCCUAAGGAGGCUAAGGAUGUAUACCCAUAGCUCUUCAAAACCACUGUGAAAAAUGAGGCAACCCUCUGGAAAUUGACACUCAUCGGCUGGUGAUCUGAAAAGCCUUACAUGGUCUACUGCCUCACCUUCUCCUCUACAAGAGUCGUCGUUCAUUGUGAGGGAUAUUGAAAUUUGGGCUUCACUCCCUGUCGAUCACCUGGCCUGGGUCCUAUUCUAUUGUGUGCGAGGCGGAGUGUGGUGACCCCCCCAUGCGGUGUUAGUGCAGCUCUGCCAUGCUGGCCUGUUAGCCAGGACCAGGGGACCGCGCCUUCUGCUUCUCCCUCAGCCGCAGAUGAACACUGGACUUCAGAAAUGUCUAGUAACUGUCAGAAAUCUGCUUUUCCGAUGUGGUGCGGUUUUGAUGUAGCACACUCGCCUGUCUCCGCUAGCACUUUGGGAUACUACACAGAAGAUGAGAUCUGCUCAGCAUCCUACUCCUGCAGAAUUGGAUGCCUAUGCUAAGACGGUUGCCAACAAUCCCUUGACAAUAAAAAUCUUUCCAAACAGUGUAAAGGUUCCUCAAAGGAAGCAUAUCCGCCGCACCGUGAACGGACUGGAUACAUCAGGCCAACGUUACAGUCCGUACCCUUCGCAGGUCAGCACAAAGACAGGACUCUUGGCCAUUGUCAAGUCCCCAGCUAAAAGUGUUUUAAAAGGCUUUGACGGUGCCCGUGCCCGCCUUUUGCCAGACUCUAUGAUGAAUCCCCCUUCUGCUCCAUAUGUUGCACCUAGCACUUUAAACCACCCUCAGAGGCUGACACGCCCCCAGCAAGCUCUUCAGCACGCGCAGGCCCUGCAGCAUGCUCAGAGCAUGCAACAGCAGACUUUGUCACACUCGCAGAGCCUGCCUCCUGGACUGCAGCACCCACAAAGCUUACCACACCCUCAGACGAUGCAGCACCCACAGGGCCUGCCACAGGGGCUGCAGCAUUCUCAGGGUCUGCAGAAUUCGCAGAGUAUAUCCCAGCAACAGGCUCUUCAGCAUCCACAAAGCGUGCAACACACGCAAGGUGUGCAGCAUACACAGAGUAUGCCACAGGCACUGCAUCAUGCGCAGGGACUUCCACAGACGAUACCACGACAGCAGAGCAUGUCACAGGCUCUGCAGCACCAACAGAACCUCCCACAGGUCCUGCAGCACUCUCAGAAUAUGUCUCAAGCGCUGCAGCACACACAGGGAAUGCAGCAUCCGCAGAACAUGGGGUCUCAACAUUCGCAAAGCCUGCCCCAACAGCCUGCAUUACAGCAUGCCCCUGGAGUAAGCCACCAGACUCUGCCACACCCUGCCAACAACAUUCUGCAGCCAGGUUUACAUGGAACACGAAAACUGCCUGAUGCAGAUGCCCCUCCGAAUGUGACAGUGUCUACCUCAACUAUUCCUCUUUCUAUGGCUGCAACCUUGCAGCAAAAUAGACCACCAGACCUUGGAAGCAUUGUGCACCAGAUAAACCAGUUUUGUCAGGCCAGGGCUGGCAUAGGCACUACCUCUGUAUGUGAGGGCCAGAUAGCCAAUCCUAGUCCUAUCAGUCGUAACCUGCUUAUCAAUGCAAGUACCAGGGUUUCCACUCACAGCAUCCCCAUGCCUUCAUGUGUUGGAACAUCUGUAGAUCAUGCUGCUGCAGCUGCUAUUUCCUCUGCCGCCUCGGGGAAUGUCCCCAUGGUGAACAUGAGCAGAGUGCCUGCUUCGUAUCCUGGUGAUCUUAAACCCAUGACAUGGAACCAACAUCAGCUUGCACAUCUGCAACAAAUGUGUGGCGAUUCGGGUGGUCCUUCUGGGAAACACGCUCAGAGAGAAAUUGCUGCCCAGGGCUUUCCUGGUAAGCAGACCCCUUACCAACAAGAACUGUGCAUGGGCCAGUCUUUUGGCUUAAAACCCCCAAUUGAAAAACCUACUCCUUCCCCUCCAGUGAAUGGAUUGCCGGGUCCCUUGCCAUAUACCAAUGGACACUAUUUUCAGCCCAUAUGGAAUAACAUUUUGCCUACUCCAAACAGCGACAGUUCGGGAUCACAGGACCUUACCAUGCCUUUCCAUGGAGCACAGGCAGCCGGUGCACCCUUGGAUUGUGCUGGGAAUGCUCACUAUAGAGGCGUUGGGGGAGGAUCCUCCAACCAGAACAGCUUGAUGCAGACCAUGGAUUACCUAACUGGAGGGGACUUUCAGCAGUCCUGCUUCAGAGAUCAGAGCAUGGCUCCACAUGCAAAGAUUCAAAGAUCCCAAAUGAGUAGAGCCCCUGAGUCAGCUGAUAGUCGAAGUAUUCACAUUCAGCAUCCAGGGUAUAGCUGUUUCUAUUUUUUAUUUCCAGAUACCUUCCUUGACAAGAGCAAGGACCCUGCUUUAUUUAAUAUUUGUACUAGCUUAUUGAAAGGUGUUCUGAAUUAACUUUUCCCGUGCCAGAGUGCUGCUAUUGGUCUUCAUCCUGGCAAAGGCUAAUGGCAGAAUAUCCAUAGCACAGUAACAAACUUUGGACUAAAACAUUACGUGCUGGCUGGCGUUGCCUUAUAUUUAAAAACAAAGACGAAAAUGUAAAAAAAAUGCAAGUAAUGUAAACAUGCCUAUGUUCUGCCAAAUAACAACGAGAAAUGAAGUUCUAAUUUAUUAUUUCAAAAUGGUGUCAUGAGUAGUCACUUUCCAGUGCUGGAAAACCUUAAUGUGAGACUGAGGCUGUCAUGUCAUGCAAUAUUCCCCAAACAUGUUACCUCCCAGAAGCCACGGUUUCCUCCUCCUUCAUUCCAUACCUUGCCUGGGCCCUGACUUUUAAAGUGAUAUCCUGUUAUGUUGGACCCUGUAAGCUGUAUUUUACAUCCAAAUACAAACCGCCUCCUCUAAUAAAAAAUUGGAAUCCUUAACUUGUGUUUUACCUGCUUUGUGGGUUGUUCGUUGGUGUGUUUUCUGGUGGGUGGUUGGA